GUCCUCGCAAUACACUCGCUCCAUGAGAGCAAUUAGAUUCAGCGCCGUUUCCAGUGCCUCUGCAAUGACUCAUUGAAACAUCCUCUGUGCUGAUAAAGCCGCAUCUCCAUUCUCCCUCCACCACACACACGCGCACACACACACACACACACACACACUUGCACGGACUGACAGACACACACGCAGGACGUAUAGUUGGGCUUGCUUCAGAACAUCGGGACUGCGCUCCGUACUUUGGAUUUGCAGCGCGGCAGGGCUGGACGUGGACUUUAUUGUAUUUUUUAUUUUUUAUUUUUUUAAAUUCCCCCCCCCCCCCCCCCUCCUAUGUGGUGUGUAUUCCGCCUGAAGUCGGGACUUACGGCUGAGAGUCAGACGGUGGAGAUACAGGCUGAGGAUAUCCCAUCAAGCAGGAGACCGGUUAACGAAAGAGCGUCCUAGGCUCUUUCUUGCUCUGGACUGGGGAGUCGAACAGCAGCCGCCCAUCUCCAUGCAGGCUCUCGGAAUGGGGGACUCUGAGAAAUCUGCUUUUUGUGACCGGGGCUGCUUCGCUCAGCUCACAGCCUGAGGAAGAGCAGGAAGCAUCUCGGUGGAGGGGCAGGGGGGGCCGCAGAGGACCCAAGGGUGGACCAUAACCACGACCUGCCAGGCUAAGGCUUAGCACAGCAGGAGCAUGUCAGCACCCGGAGGCCCUUCAUGCAUGUGUCGCUCCACGGCCAAGGCCUACCUUCUGCUGUGGAUGGGGCUGGCGUCCAUCUGUGUGGCCGCUGUUCAGGCCCAACAACACCCUGUGGUCACCACCAAUUAUGGAAAAUUGCGUGGAGUGAAGGUAACAUUACCCAAUGAGAUCCUGGGACCAGUGGAGCAGUAUUUGGGGAUCCCAUAUGCGCUGGCUCCAACGGGGGAGCGGAGGUUCCAGCCACCGGAGCCACCCAUGUCCUGGCCGGGCAUCAGGAAUGCUACUCAGUUUGCUCCGGUCUGUCCUCAGUUCUUAGAGGACCGCUUUUUACUCAAUGAUAUGCUCCCAGUCUGGUUCACCGCUAACUUGGAUACAGUGGUAACCUAUGUGCAGGAGCAGAGCGAGGACUGCCUUUACCUGAACAUCUAUGUCCCCACAGAGGACGAUAUCCACGAUGAGAACGGGUUAAAGCCGGUCAUGGUUUACAUCCACGGCGGCUCCUACAUGGAGGGAACCGGCAACAUGAUCGACGGCAGCAUCCUCGCCAGCUACGGGAACGUCAUCGUCAUCACGAUCAACUACCGGCUCGGAGUUCUGGGGUUUCUAAGCACAGGAGACCAGGCCGCCAAGGGCAACUACGGCCUGCUGGAUCAAAUUCAGGCUCUCAGGUGGAUCAAAGAAAACAUCCAAGCCUUCAAAGGAGACCCGAAGAGAGUGACCAUUUUUGGCUCUGGCGCCGGAGCAUCGUGCGUCAGCCUGCUCACCCUCUCGCAUUACUCAGAAGAUCUGUUCCAGAAAGCCAUCAUCCAGAGUGGCACAGCUCUGUCCAGCUGGGCAGUCAACUACCAGCCUGCCAAGUACACGCGUGCCCUGGCUGAGAAGGUGGGCUGCAACAUGCUGGACACCAUUGACCUGGUGGAGUGCCUGCAGAACAAGAAUUACAAAGAGCUGAUUGAACAGUACAUCACACCCGCGAAGUACCACAUCGCCUUCGGGCCUGUGAUUGAUGGCGAUGUCAUUCCGGAUGACCCUCAGAUCCUCAUGGAGCAGGGGGAGUUCCUCAACUAUGACAUCAUGCUGGGGGUCAACCAGGGCGAGGGGUUUAAGUUUGUGGAUGGCAUUGUGGAUAGUGAGGACGGUGUGUCUGCCAAUGAUUUUGACUUUGCCGUGUCGGAUUUUGUGGACCAUCUCUAUGGCUACCCGGAGGGCAAGGACACCCUGCGCGAGACCAUCAAAUUCAUGUACACAGACUGGGCGGACAAGGAGAACCCGGAGACACGGCGCAAGACCCUAGUGGCUCUGUUCACUGACCACCAGUGGGUGGCACCAGCCGUGGCCACAGCUGAUCUCCACGCCCAAUAUGGCUCACCUACCUAUUUCUACGCUUUCUACCACCACUGUCAGAGCGACAUGAAGCCUAGCUGGGCCGACUCGGCGCAUGGUGAUGAAGUACCAUACGUAUUUGGAAUCCCCAUGAUCGGCCCCACAGAUCUCUUCAACUGCAACUUCUCCAAGAAUGACGUGAUGCUGAGUGCCGUGGUCAUGACCUACUGGACUAACUUUGCUAAAACAGGGGAUCCAAACCAACCAGUUCCACAGGAUACAAAGUUCAUCCAUACAAAACCCAACCGGUUUGAGGAGGUAGCCUGGACUAAGUACAACCCCAAAGACCAACUCUACCUUCACAUUGGCCUCAAACCACGAGUCCGAGACCACUACCGUGCGACCAAGGUUGCUUUCUGGUUAGAACUAGUUCCGCAUCUCCAUAACAUCAAUGAAUUCUUUCAAUAUGUAUCCACCACCACCAAGAUACCUCCACAGGACACCACCCCCUACCCUUACACCAAACGGUUCCCUGGCAAAAACAACUGGCCAUCCACCACCCGUCACCCAGGGGUGCCACCUGCCAACACCAAGCAGACGACCGACCAGCACAAGAGUGGCGACCUGACCGAUGAGUCAACCGUGGUAAUUGAGACUAAGAGGGACUACUCUACCGAGCUCAGCGUCACCAUUGCAGUCGGAGCGUCCCUGCUUUUUCUGAACAUCCUCGCCUUCGCUGCACUCUACUACAAGAAAGACAAGCGAAGGCACGAGUCGAAUCGCCGGGUCCCCACCCCGCAGCGCAACUCUGCUCCAACCAACACACCUUCCACAGCCAACGACGUGGCUCACCUGCAGAGUGAGGAGCUGAUGUCUCUGCAGAUGAAGCAGCAGCAGCUGGAGCAUGAGCACCACCACGAGUGUGAGUCGAUGCAGACCCAUGACACACUGCGCCUCACAUGCCCGCCCGACUACACCCUCACUCUGCGCCGGUCGCCUGAUGACAUACCCUUGAUGACACCCAGCACCAUCACCAUGAUCCCCAACUCGCUGGCUGGCAUGCAGCCUCUGCACAACUUCAAUACAUUCGGUGGCAGCCAGAACAGUACCAAUUUACCCCACGGCCACUCCACCACACGGGUAUAGCUCCUCUGGAACAGGAUGACGCUUGAUUCCCUCUGGAUCAGCCAAUAACCUCGCAAGGCAAAUAUGACAAGAUAAAACUGUGUGAAGCACAGACUCAGCAGAUGUUAUUUUGCUACCAUGCCUUCUUGAAAGUAUAUACAGUUUAAAUUGAAAAUAUUCAAAGUGAAUGUUACUAUAGUAAUAACUCUAUUUGGAGCUAAGCUUCAUGGAAGGUUUCGAGGAGUGUUACCAAAAGACAAGGCAACCAGGGGAUGACUGUUAAUAUUCUUACAACACAAAAUGAACCGUUUCUGUGUGACAAAAGAAGCCUUUGCAGACACUUUUGUGCCAUAAAGAUAGGCAACAGAAGGAGGUCAGUGGCAUCAGUUGUUGAAAAGCAACAAUUAAACAUCUGGAACAUCAUCUUUUCAUGAUACUUCAUGCAUCGGACACCUGACUUGGGCACAGAAUUCUACACCCCAGCCUGAAAUGUAUUUAUGAAAACUUUGUAAAAAAGAAAAAAAAGAAAGAAAAAGAAAAAAAGGUAUAUAGUUGUGCGUGGAAAUUUAAAACUUUAAAAAAAGAAAAAAUUAUAUUAAAGGAGCUCCUCCUAUUAUUGUUUUUAUUUUGGCUGAGAUCUUUUUGGGUUUUUCCAGCUUGUGCUUUCUGUUUAAGAUGCGUGUAAAUAUAUCCAAACACCCUUCAUUCUUUUUCUGAUUACAGCCCGCGUUGCGUUCAUUUUUUUCACAGAACGACCAAAAUGCGAACACAAUCCCAUCCUUGGAGAGUUGCACAUUCUGUGUCUGCAGGUCAUCUCAUACUGUCUUGUACAUUUGCUUUGUUUCCACUCUUUAGACAUUGCAUGUCCCGGAAGAGCUUUACUCUCCAUUUUCAGACACGUCUCAUCUCUGAGAAUGAGGACUGACUUGAUCCCAUCACCUGCCGUCAUCCUGUUAUGCUUCUAAUAGUUUUCUUUGUGGGCUUUUUCUGUCUUGCAAUCUCAGCACUGCCUGAGCUUACAAUGUGACCAGCAAUGUAUUAUUUAGAAAUAAAAAAGGCAGUGAUUUUUUUGUAUCAAUAUUAGUUGGAUAUGUUUGUAAAGAAAUAUAUGUUAGAUAUUUCAAAUUGUCAUAUGCUAGCAAUAUGUAAAGUAUUGUGCCAGGCUUGUGAUAUUUUGGGUUACAAAAGCAAGUGAAUGAGUGUAAAUAUUAAUGAUAUUAAUUAUUAUAAAAUUACAACAGAAGUAACCAUUAACUCUCGUUCCGUUUUGCAUCCUAUUAUGAAAAAAAAAAAUGGAAAUACAUCCAGAAGAUUUUAAGCUACAUUUGUAAAUUCUAUAAAAGAUAUAUUCUUGCCAUUUGUUCCCUAAACCAGUCAUGAUAACAAGGGUUUUAACGUAGAGUUUUAAAAUCCUUAGUUUGUCUUAUAUUUGUUUGCGGUUUUGCCUUAAGUGAUAAUAGAGAUAUUUCUGGCUGGACACAUGUAUAAACUUUUUCUGCAACAUUUUUAAUAAAAUAUCACAGUAUUUUCUAAAAAAAA